CAAUUACGAACAAUGCAUAGUGGCAGCAGCUGACUUUCGAGCCUGAAGACGGCCCUGAAGACCUGGCAACUGUCUCAAAAGCUGGUUUACAUAUGUAUGGACAUAGCUUACCGCUCCUUGGUCCACAAGGCAAGAAAUGAAUCAUACAGAGCAUCGUAGUUACUACGUUGUUUCAACAAUGUGGACUGAUGCUUUGUCUUUGCCAGGCAUGUCGCUGUACCGCAGCCUCUGCAUGCAUGGCGGGAGGCCGGUUUGGGUGAUCGCUCCUUUUGCCUUUGAAAUGCUGGCACGCGGCGAGUCUCAUGUUCUCUUCUGGCUGCUGAGCUCGUUCCUGUGCAUUGUGGCAGUCCUCGUGAUCAAGCGAUGCCUCACCUUCGAGCUGAAGGGCGAGCCAUUGGAGGACGUGGUACUACGACGCGGCGACCUCCGCAUGAAAAGGCCUUCACUGCUACCUCCCGAGAAGCGGGUGCAGCGAUGCCGCUACACAGCCUCAGCGCAGGAGAUCCCGUGGAAGAAGGAGGAUUAUGCAACGAUGAGCGCUUAGAGACUGCCUGUGGCUUCCUGCUCAGAGUUGCACACAAAGGCAAGCCAAG